AUGGUAUUUCGUAUUCUUUUAUUGUUUGUAUAUACUUUGUUGGUAAAUGAUGUUAGUGCAAGAACAUUAAUAUGGCCAAAACAAUUACAAAACCUAAAAUUUUCAUGGGAUAACUGUGGUCCUGCUACUGAUCCAAUUAAAAUAGUAUCGCUUAGUAUUGGUCCGGAUCCAAUUAGAUUACCAGGAAAUGUUGCCAUCUCUACUUCAAUUAAUAUAACAAAACCAUUUCCAGCAGACAUUGAGGCAAAAGUUGAUAUGGAAAAAAAAGUUGCUGGCAUUUAUAUAAAAGUACCAUGUGAACACGAUGUCGGUUCAUGUUCUUAUAGUAUCUGUACAAAUAGUACUAAAGUUUAUCCCGAGUUUUUUAAGGGUUAUACUGGUGCAAAAACAUGUCCUUCGAUCCCUCCAGCAACUUAUUCAGUAUCUAACUUGAUUACGGAUGUGAAAAAGUCAAUACCAUCUAUAGCCGAUGGUGCAUUUCGAAUUACGAUUAAUUUUAAUUCAAAUCAUGCUGGUCACCUUGCUUGUCUUCAUCUUAGUGUCAAUCUGAAAAGUUAA